GUAGAUAUGUUAUGGUCAAUAUCCACGGGUCUAAAUUUUAUUCACAAACACGAUCGCGUCCAUGGACAUUUACAUGGAGGAAAUGUAUUAGUUGAAAAUGAAACGGGCUCAAUCGACACUAAAAUUACGGACACUGGAUUACACGGGCUUGUUGAUAAACAAAUAUCAUCACAACAAAUAUAUGGCGUAAUACCUUUUGUUGCUCCAGAGAUCUUUGAUGGAAAUACGCCAACUAAAGAAUCUGAUAUCUAUAGUUUUGGUAUGGUCAUGUGGAUGUUAUCAGCUGGUGUACGUCCUUAUUAUGAUAGACCUCAUAAUAAACAACUAAUUCAGGAAAUCUGUUUAGGAUUAAGACCAAGCAUCGUAAAUGGAACUCCACCUGUUUUCUCCAGUUUAAUGUUACAAUGUUUAGAUACGAAUCCAUCAAAUAGACCAACA